AUGGGUAUUUGCGGCAGCAAAGAGAAGAAUGACGGCCAAUCGACCGAGAUGGCGCGUCCAUCACAGCCCGCAGCCUCAAAUACGCCGACACAACAAAACAUCCCAGUGGCCGGAGAAGGUGCGACAGUGAAGGCGCGCAGGUCACCCGAUAACCCGAUUGUGUACUUCGACAUUGCGAUUGGAGGCCAGCCGAUUGGGCGCAUCCAGAUGGAGUUGUUCCUUGAUGUCGUGCCAGCCACUUCAGAGAACUUCAGGCAGUUCUGCACUGGCGAAUCCAACCGUGGCGGAUACAAGGGCAGCACUUUCCACAGAGUUAUCCCGAACUUCAUGAUCCAGGGUGGUGACUUCAUGAACGGAGAUGGUACCGGCAGCGCGAGCAUCUUUGGAGGCGAUUCGUUCGACGACGAAAACUUCGAGCUCAAGCAUACGCAUCCCGGUCUUUUGAGCAUGGCAAACUCAGGCCCAAACACCAACGGCUCGCAAUUCUUCAUCCUGACCGCUUCCACACCGCAUCUUGAUCGCAAGCACGUCGUUUUCGGUGAAGUCCUUGAUGGUAUGGAUGUAGUAAAGAAGAUUGAGGCGACAAGGACUGGGCAGGGUGACAAACCAUUGAGCGAUGUCGUAAUCGCUGGAUCGGGGCAGCUGGCUGGCGCAAAGCCUUUGGCUUAA